AUGGCACUAUUUUGUCGAAAGGAUCGACCUAGGACGAGAGAGAGCGUGCGGCCAAGGAGGGUCUCCUUCUGCCCGAGUACACCUCCUAAACACGCCGCAGAUAGACAAUGCGAUCGUCACUGCCUUCGUCACCUCUCCAGACUUCUAACUGCUGAUUGUGUCACCUUAUCACGACCUCUGAACCAAGCAAGAUUUGUCCACCAAGAAACCUCACCGUCACCGUCGAUGCCGAAAGACUUCGAGGAUUAUGCGAAGCGUUAUUUUGUAUUCGAACAAGUCGAACCAGAUGUGUUCAGGACAACAAAUUUGAUCACGUUCCGUCAAGGAUCAUCCAAAGCCGCUUAUGGAGGACUUAUUUUUGCUCAAGCGCUUGCUGCCGCAGAAAAUACUGUUUAUGAAUCGUUGAAACCCCACCAUGCAUUCAUUUUUAUACUUCAAAGGUGA